AUGCCGGACUUUGGUAAAAAGAAGACGGCGUCCGAGCCGGUGGGGCCCUUGGAGCUGCCGGGACGCGCGUCGAUGGCGCCCAAACUCGCCGUAAUGGCGCCGCAGGUGCAAGUCAUCGACGGGAACAUCGUCAUCAAUCCUCAGUCACUCACGGUAAACGCGGCGGCGGAGAAAGAUGUCGGGAUGUCGGACUUCAAACGCGUCGAAGAGAGCGGCACGCGCUUGAACUCAGCCACGUAUUCCAACAGGGCAAAGGCGGAGAAGUGGAGCAAGGACGACACCGAGUUGUUUUAUCGCGCGAUGACGCAGUUCGGUACCGAUUUCUCCCUCAUCGCGCGUCUGUUCCCCGGACGCACUCGUCGUCAAGUGAAGCGAAAGUACUUGAUCGAAGACAGAGCGGAUCCGCGACGGGUCGAGGCCGCGAUCAAGCACCGAGACCAAGACCCAGCCAUGUACAAGAGACUCAUCGAGGUGCUUCAGGCGCAAGCCGCCGAGGCGGAUCUCGCGCGCUCGAGCAUCGAUGCGCGCGUGGUUCUUGAUGCGGAUACGGCGGAGGAAGCGACGCCACCUGCUGUCGAAGACGCGCAAGCGACCGAUGAAUCGUCUCCGAAGACUGGUGGUCAGCGCGGCGCGACGAAGGAGGCAGCGGCGCUGUCCGCAGAACAGCCUACGGCGACGCGCGCGCGGCGUUCGCGCAAAUAA